AUGAGGCCGCAGAUCCUCUUCCUCGAUGCCUACGACUCCUUCACCAACAACAUUGUCUCGCUGCUGACGACGCUGCUCGACGCCGACGUCCACGUGCUGCCCAUCGACACGCCUCUGCUCGACCCUCAAUCCCCCGACUUUGCCCAUGCCUUUGGCCGGGAGCUGGCUCACUACCAUGCCGUCGUCUGCGGGCCCGGCCCCGGCUCGCCCGACCACGAGGCAGACGUAGGCCUCAUCCGCGCCAUCUGGGCUCUCGGCCACGACGAUCUGCUGCCUGUGCUCGGCGUCUGUCUCGGCUUCCAGUCGCUCGUGCUCAGCGCCGGCGCCCGUGUCCGCCGUCUGCGUCGCGGUCUGCACGGCAUGGUGCGCCCCAUUGACCACCACAAGCCCGCCGCCGUGGCGCGCAAGCUCAAGGGCGACAUGUUCCACGCCGUGCCGCCGUUCAGCGCGACGCUCUACCACAGCCUCUGCGCCGACGUGGGACAGGACGCCGUGCCGGCGGCCGCGUGGCCUGCGCGCCGCUGGGAUGCGCCGAGCGUUGCCCCCGACCUGCUGCCCUUGGCCUGGGCCAGCGAGGACCGAGGCGACCGCGAGGCCAGCGAGAGGAUCCUCAUGGCCGCCAGGCACCGCGCCAAGCCCUUCUGGGGCGUGCAGUACCACCCCGAGUCGGUGUGCACGCACGCCGCCGGCCACGCCGUGCUCCGGAACUGGUUCCGCGAGGCCAUGCGCUGGAACGCCGAGGCCCAGCGAGACGUCGUCACGGCCAGCGACGGCAGGCCCCUUCUCGCGAGACAUGCCACGCGGCCGAGCCUCCUCUCCCAAGUCCGUCGCCUCGCCGACGAGCACGCCGCCUCGGUGCCGUGGACCGAGACGACGUCGCCGCUCGCCACCGUCGGGCUCGACUGCGCCUACACGCGCAAGACGCUGGCGCUGCCGCCACACCUCGGCGUGCCCGACCUCGUCGAGAUGCUGCGCCGCGGCACGGCGGCCUCGUCCGAGCACAUCAUCCUCGACUCGGCCAACGCCGACAAGCUCGCCAGCGGCGCCGCCGACGUGCGCGGCCGCUACAGCAUCAUCGCUCUCGACGGCACGGUGCGCAAGUCGGCGGCCGUCGCGACGCUCGCCGCCGCCGAGGCCAUCCUGCACGUGCCCAAGGAGGAGGCCGAGAACCUCAUGAUCGUCGACCUCGUGCGCCACGACCUGCACGGCGUGUGCGGGCCCGGCCGCGUCGCCGUGCCGCACCUCAUGCGCGUCGAGGAGUACGCCUCUGUCUUUCAGAUGAUCACCGUCGUCGACGCCCGGCUGCCCGAACGCCGUCGCGGCCCGAUACAGCCGCAGGCAGAUGCCCCCCACACGGGCCUCGACGUGCUGGCGGCGAGCCUGCCGCCGGGCAGCAUGACGGGCGCGCCGAAGAAGAGGAGCUGCGAGCUGCUCGCCGAGCUCGAGGGGCGCGAGCGGGGGCUGUACUCGGGCGUCAUCGGGUACAUGGACGUCACGGGCCGCGGCGACUGGAGCGUCACCAUCCGGACCAUGUGGCGGUGGGACGACGAGGAGGAGGGCGAGGAGGGCGAGGGGGGCGACGUCUGGCACAUUGGUGCCGGCGGCGCCGUGACGAUCCUCAGCACGCCCGAGGGCGAGACGGAGGAGAUGUUCACCAAGCUGGCGGGGCCGCUGGGCGUGUUUUCGCAGUAG